CUUUGCUUAGGAUUCUGGGACGUUCACUUUGGAAUACGCCAUUUUGGACAAAAUUUUACUCAUUCCCGCCCGUUUCUGUGGUUUUUGCGUUGUUUCCUUAUUUUUAUUACGUGUGUUAUAGAAACACCAAUGUAAAACAUACAUGUUCAUCAAUUACUUUAUAAAUAGCAAGCAAAAUGUCAUGAUUUUUGUGUCAUGGCUUUGACAUGUUAAUCAGUUAAAAUUAUUUUUUUUGCGAUCUUGUCAUCACUCGGUAUGUUUACCAAGGUUAUGUGUGCGAAGUAAAACCUUCCAGAAGAACAACAUUUGCGAGUGACAUUCAAAGUUAAUUAGAUAAAUAAGUGAAGUAAACUAUUCAAGAUGUUUUGGAAGUUCAACUUACUGACAACUUCCCACAUUGACACGUUAUUGGACAAGGAAGAAGUGACUCUCCAUGAAUUAAUGGAUGAAGAUGAUAUCCUGCAGGAAUGCAAGGCACAAAACAGAAAACUCAUCAAUUUCUUGGUGCUGCCAGAAAAUAUGGAAGAGCUGGUGAGGCUAAUAACAGAGGAGCCCGCAGAUGAUGUGGAAGAAAAAAUCAGAUACAAGUAUCCAAACACAGCUUGCGAGUUACUAACCUCUGAUGUGUCCCAGAUAAAUGACGCACUGGCUGGCAGUGAGGAACUUGUGAAAAAACUCUACGCUUUCCUAGAUACAGACAGUACGCUUAAUCCAUUACUUGCCAGUUUCUUCAGUAAAGUUAUGGGUCUUCUUAUAACAAGGAAAAGUGAAAUGAUAUUAGAAUUUCUACAAUCACGGGAAGAUUUUGUUGGUACACUUUUAAAACAUAUAGGGACCUCGGCCAUUAUGGAUUUACUUCUACGAUUGCUCACAUGUAUAGAAUCACCAGAAAUCAGACGUGCCAUGAUAGAGUGGUUGAAUGAACAGCAAAUUGUGCAGAAACUAGUCAACUGUAUUCAUAAAGAUUAUGAUGAAGAUAUCCAUUGUAAUGCUGCACAGAGUUUGUGUGACAUAAUACGUCUAGGUAGAGAACAAGUUAUACAACUACAAGACAGGGCAGAUCCUGAUCCUUUACUUACAACAGUAGAAAUGGAAGAAAAUGUCUCGAAGUUAUUAGAUAACAUGUUGAAAGACGAGGCAAAAAAUGAGUCUGUGAUUGUAAAUGGUUUGUCUGUAAUACAGACUUUACUAGAGUUUAAGAAACAAGGGCCGGAAGAUUCAGUAGAACAGAUGACUACUGUUGAUGCUGAACAGAUGUUUUUAGGUGUAAAUAAUGUGCUUUCAGCAAUCAAUCCAAGAUUGAAAGAUUUCCACACUAUAUUGGUUGAGCCACCAAAGCAACGGUUUUGUGUUAUGCCUUCCUCAGCAGGGUCAUUAAACCCUCCACUUGGUAACACUAGGUUACAGACGGGUAGACUUGUAGCUUCUCUUCUCUUAACCAAUACACAUUCUAUAAAUGUAGAACUAGCACAGUUGGGGACCAUAAAUGUUUUAAUAGAUUUAUAUUUUAAUUAUAUAUGGAAUAAUUUCUUACAUACCCACGUCACCCAGUGUUUAUAUACAAUACUCAGUAAUCCGCCAAUAGAAGUUGAGGGUAAAAAAGAAUGUCCUCUUUUAAAUCAAUUAUUUACUGAAUGCAAAUUAGUACAAAGAAUUUUAGAUGAAUGGGAUUUAAAUGAUCAAGAACAGAGUAAAGAAGCUGGUAGAAGAAAAGGAUUUAUGGGUCAUUUAACAAGAUUAGCCAAUGAUGUAGUCAAUGCUCAGGAAAAAGGGGAAAAUGCCGAGACUAUAAAAACAUUAUUUACAGAACAACCAGAUGAAUUAAAGGAAAAAUGGGAGGCAUUUUUAACGGGUACUUUAGCAGAAACGAAUAAAAGAAACACUGUUGAGUUGGUUCAAGGUCACGGCCUCGCUUCCAGCAGUGAGGAUGAUGACGCAGACUUUAGCAACAUUCCGUUCCCACAAGACACAGCUAUGCAACAGGCCUUCUCUGAUUAUCAGCUGCAACAGAUGACUUCCAACUUCAUCGACCAGUUCGGAUUUAACGAAGACGAGUUUGGUGAACACGAAGAAAAAACUGAUUCCCCAUUCACUGACAGAAUAUCAAGUAUUGAUUUUGGUGGCACAGUAAAUGAAGAUGUGCGACCAAAUGCGUCCCGUUUUGAACAGUAUUGUAAUGAGAGACUUCAACAGUUUGAUAACGAUAGUGAUGAAGAUAUCUGGGAGGAGAAAGAAAUCACAUUUUCACCAUCAUCACAACAGAAACGAUCAGAAAGAUUACCAGUUACACGAGGUAGUCAGGAUGAUAGUGAUAGUACAGACAGUGAGGAGGAACUAGACUCACCUAAACGUAUUACACAACAACCAGGACCUGCCGAAAAAAUGGAUGUUGAUUCAAACGAGGCAUGGAGUGCUAACUUUGAACAACAGCAACAGCAAUCUGGAUCAACAGAGGGUGGUCCAGUCGCCAUGGAUACAUCCCCCUGGGACAGCAACAACCAAGAUAAACAAGAGCAAUCAGAUAACUGGGCAAACUUUGAGAAGUCAACACAGGGCAACACUAAAGAGGAGAAAUGGGCAGAAUUCCCGAAUAAAACCUCAGAUGAUAGCACUAAUAAAGAUAAUUGGGCAGAUUUUACUAGUUUUGAUAAUAUGAAAAGUGAUGGAAAUGAGCCAAGAAGUAGUUCACCAGUCGCCAUGGAUACCACAGAACCUAGCUCAAGAACAAAUGCUUACUUGGCCAGUAACAAAGAAAUAGAUUUAAAGUUAGAAAGUGUGGACACGACGGAAGAAGAUUUAGGAACUGAUGUUGAUAAACUUGUAGAGGCUAAUAGUGAAUCAGACUCUAGUUCAAAACAGGAACAAUCAAAUACUGACACUUCUAGUGAUAAUAGUGAAAAUGUCAAGACGGAGGCUGGCUCACAAUCUAGUUCACAGACUGGGUCACAAUCUAAUAAACAGACUGGGUCAACGUCUAGUACACCGGCUGGUUCUCAGUCUCCUGAUGGAAAUAAAUCAGAGAACCAGUCUUCACCAGACACAACACAGACACAGUCAAAAAUUCCAGAAAAGGCUGAAAGUCCGUCUGAGAAGCCCCCCACACCACCAUCUAGUCCCUUGCCAGAGGAUGAAGGGGCGGAGCCAGUGCCCGAGUCCCCUAGAUCUCCCCCAACCCCUAGUACAGACUGUGAUUCCGAUAAGCUAAACCCAGAUACAAAUGCACAAGGCGAUGGGUGUAACACAAAUGAGCAACAAGAGUCGCCUGAUGAUGAUCUUAAUUCUAACUUUAAUUUCCUGACCAAAGUGGGACUUAUGAAACCAGCGGGUGCUCCUAAUUGUGUGACUCCUGGUCAAGCAGAUAUUCAGGGAAAUGGACCAACGAAAGAUACCCCCGAUAUAUCAUCGGAUAAACUAGAAGAAUUAAGGGCUCAGGCAAAAGAUGCUUUAGAAUCAUUUGAUACAGCAACUCAAUCUGGUGCCAAUGUUCAGAAUGGUCCGGUUUGAUAUUUCCCCACUACACACAGACUGGUGUAAAAAGUAAACCUAAUUCAUGUUAUAAUACUGUGAUUACACGGCAGCUGUGUAUAUAAGUCUGUCUGUUUUAACACUCGUCGUGUGUUAACACGUACAUGUGUAAACCUAACAAUGUUGUUCAACCUGGUGAACAGAGUCUGACCUUGACAUUAAAACUUGAAGGUCAGUGUUACUAUAUAUAGUAAUGAUGAAAUAAUGUGAACAGUAUCGACCUUGAAAGGUCAAUGUUACUAUAUAUAGACAUAAAUUAAUGCUGUGAUCAUGAUUGGACAUUUUUCUGGAUUUGUUUGGAGAAUUGUGUUACAUAGAUGAUAACGAAGGCUUGUAGUGGAGUUGGCUAGAAUUAGAAAAGCUGAUGACUGUAGCAAGAAUAAGGAAAGCACACGCAUAGUGGAUUAUCUAAUUGCACAAUAAUGCAUGUAACUAUAGCCAAGGAUGCGAAUCCGGUUUUAUUUUAGUUUGUAAUUUUGUUUAAAAAAAAGUUCAUAAUGGGUUUUAGCUAGUUUGUUUGUUUUAAACAUGUGUAUAGAAUAUUGAAGAAUUGACGAGCUUAAAAUGAGCUCAACCCUAGUCUGAAUAGAGAGCUCAGAUUGUUAUAUUAAUCAUUUAACAGUUGUUGAUAUCAUCGGUAGCUUCCGUACUCGAUAACUAGGCUCACCAGAAAUGAAACAUUUAAGGUUAUUCUCUGGUCCCUGCAAAACCUGUUAAAUUACUGUACAUUUAUAUAUAUAUAUAUGAGGUUGUGUAAUUUAACAUAUUUAAAUAUUUUUAGUCAGGAUAGAAACUAAGACCAUAUGUGUUAAUUUGUGAGUCAUGUCUGUUGUUUUGUGUCCUGGUAGAUAAGACCAAAAAUAAUACUGAAAGUAUUUAACAAAAUCUGCUGGGCACUGUUAAAAUCAACUGUGACAUCGCAAACAAACAUGCGUAUUCAGCUGCCUCUGGUUAUUGGUUCUGUGUCGUGGUUCAUCCUGUACUGAAAAUAAAAUCUAUUGGGCGUUUAUUCAAUAAAUACAUUAAACUUGGUGUUCUACAUGUAUAUAAAGUCAUGCUUUGAGUCAUAAAACCAUACAACAGGUUGAAAUCAUUUCAUAUUAAAAAACAACAGUAAUGAAAAUUAAAGUGUGAAUGGUCCUGUACAAAUCAUAAAGUCCAAACUUAUAUGUAGUGUCCGUCUACUAGAGAUUUCAUCUUGAAAAAUGGUGCUUUGUUCAAUUCAUUUAUUGUUGAGAAGUAAGAGAAAUUUUCUCAUUGGCCUAUGUAUGUACAAUAAAUAGGCAUGUCAUAGUCUGUGAUUUAUGGAAAGUAUUUUUCAUAAGGAAACAAAUAAUUAAAGUGUGAUAAUUUUACCUGUUCACAUUUUUUUUAAUAGUUUUUAUUAGAUUUCUUGUGUUAAUACUCAAAAAGUGAACUUUUACGAAAUCCUGAUACAUUUCUAUAUGACUGUCAAUUUUGUUUCUGUGGAACUGUAACAAAAGAUUUCAGCACAUAAUUUAAUUUAUUAUCCCCCUGGUUUGAUAGUAUAAUGUUUUGACAUAGUAUAGGUAAAAGUAAACUUGUGUCCCAAUAUAAGCUAUCAAAAGUACUUCAUAAUCCAAUAGAUGGUUGCGCAAUUAAAAGAAAUUUGACCAAUGACAGACUGUUUAAUUUGAGAUUGUGUAUCUGACACUGUGAUUGGUUGAAAGUUCUGAUUGAUCUCAUUUCGUAUGCAAAUUGUUUAUACUGAUACAUAAAUCAUUGAAAAACAGGAAAACAGGUCAACUUUUAUACUAAUUUAUGUUGGUAGGUUACGAAUUAUGGUAUGAAUGUAAACGUUUGAAUGUCUUUUAUAUGAUAUACUGGUUGAGGAAUAGUUUCAUUUAAACUUUUUUUGCAAAGAUCUUGUUUAAAAUUUAUUCUACAAAGGAUGGUCAGUAUUUUGAAGAGGCACUGAUAAACUGGCUUAAAUGUAUAUGGAAAUUGUUUUUUUUUUAAAAGCAUGUAUAUUUGAGUUUUUUUAUCCCAUGUGCAACUUUAAACAGCUGAAGUCAUGUCUUGUAGAUUGAACAAAGAUCUGUCAUUUAAGUUCACAGUAAAAAAAAUCUACAACCCCUAUUUGUUGACUGUUCAAUCCAUUAUUAUCUUAAUGAAAACGAGUCCAUCCACUUCCUCAUUGCAGGCAUUGUGCAAAUGUGCCAAAUAUACAUGAUACAGGCACCAGGGAUGUGUUUCAUAGAAAGUCUUAAGUCAGUCUUAAUAACACAACUAAGACAAUAGAAAACUUACGACUCAAAAAUUUCUGAUUAAACAUUCACACAUUGCAAAUUAAAGCCCAUGCCAUUCUAUUUCUUUACUUUCUUAGGAAUAUGGAUUUGAUUAUAAAGUCCUAGGACUUGGGAUACAUUUAGGACUUUCUUUGAAACAAGGCCCAGCCAUCAAUAUGUACAUCCACAAACUUGAUACUCUAAACUUGUUUUUUUUUUGUGGAGCCAUCUUCACAUUUUCUUUUUGUUUUAAUUUUUCCUUUAAAAUUUCAGGUUAUAAAUUUAUUUUAAAGUUUAAUGGAAGCUGACUGUAUAAAGGAGCUGUCAAUUGUUAGAGUAGAAUAGAUUAUCAAGAGUUUUGUAUUAGUAAUAUUAUAUACAAAUUAUAUAUUUGUUUAAAAAAAUUGUGCAUUUAUUUAUAAUUUUUGUUAAAAUCACUUGCUCUAACAUUUUAGUUUUAUCAUGUAGUUAUUCAUAUCAUUAAAUGUCCUGUCUCAGAUUUUAUUUUCACUUUUAGUUAACUGAACACAAUUUGAUGGAAGUCCUUUGUCUUGUGCUGUGCUUUUUUUCCUUUUUUUAAAUUUUAUUUGACGCAAAUGAAAAAUAUGCUUUGUUUUUGAAGUCCUAUCUAAUACUUAACUAAAUAUUAAUAAAUUGUUGAUGUUAAAAAAUUGUUUUAUGAAUCAGAUUAAUGAGUGAAAAAGAUGUCCAUGGCAGGGCGGUUAAGGUUUCCAAUUUUGAACCACUUGCAACAGUUGGUUUAAAACCUGAUAGGGACUUGACAAUUUUAUGUGAGGAAGCUUCACAGCUUGCUAUAUGAAGGUUGUUUUACGUGACCCUACUUGAUGGCUGAAAUAUUGCUCUUAGGGGUUUUCCUUCCAGUUAAGCUAGAAAGUGGCCAUAAAAAAAUCCAAUGACAAGAGAUUAUUUGUAAAUUGUAUGUAACUGCAGAAUUAUAUGCUUGUUUUGACAUAAUUCGAUUAGAUUCCAGUGUCUGUAAUAUUUUGUUCAUUUGAAAAUGUUAUUUGUGCCAAAAGGAAAUCAAUAAGUAAGUCAUUCUGCUUUAAACCCAAUCUUAGUAGUUUAUGUGGUGAAAUCUAUGUUAAACAUUAUUGAGCUUUGGACAGCACAAGCCAUCUGUUUUAUUUGGUCAUAGCAUUUUAUUUACUUAACUGUUGUUAUACUCAUAUUAAAACUGAUUUUCUUAAUAAACAAAUCUUUAAGCUAUUAACAAUAAUCAACAAAAAAUGUUUUAAUUUAUAUAGUGUUUAUUUAUAUUUAAAAUAUUUUGCCAUAAUGUUAUUUUAUCUUUUUUUUAAAAAAUAAAACAAAACAAUGGAUUAAUCAAAAAUGCAAGUACAAUUUAUUAAAUUCUAAGAAAAUUAAAUGUGCACAUUUCAUUUAUGAGUAAAUUAUAUUAUCUAUCAGAAGUGUUAGGAAGAUAAAUCUUCAAAUGUCAGAAUGCUGUACACCCAAGUGUCAGAAUUUCAUGAACAAGAUACUUGUUAGGUCCAUCCUCUAAACAUUGGUACUAGGUAUAUACAUGCUUUCUGUCAGGGUCAUAACCAAAUGUUUGAAUGUUGCAUGUGUUCUGAAACCGGUAUUUUAGUAUAUGAAAGCUGCAUUAUGUCAGAUGUUGUACACUAAUAUAUGAAAGAUGUUAUUUUAAAUGUCAUAUGAAACAUUGUGAGAAUGUCAUUAUCUGGUAUAUGAGAUGUUUGCUGACAUAAUGGCAUAUACCAGUUAAUGAACGGUACAUGAUGUCUUAAUGUUGUAUACAAGUAUGCAAACAGAACAUUAUGUCUGAAUGUCAUGUACCUGUUCAUGAAUGGUACAUUUUGUCUAAAUGUUGUAUGUACCUGUUUAUGAUAAGUGCAUUAUGUCUGAAUGUCAUGUACCUGUUUCUGACAUGUGCAUUAUGUCUGAAUGUCAUGUACCUGUUAAUGAAGAGUGCAUUAUGUCUAAAUGUCAUACACGUUUCUGAACAGUACAUUAUGUCUAAAUGCCAUAAACCAGUUAAUGCAAUGUGUAUUCUGUCGGAAUCAUGUAUCGGUAAGUUUAAGGUCACAAGUCAGAAUUUUUUAAUUCCCAGUAUUUGAAGUGUUCUGUUGUAAUAGUUAUAUGAAUGGUAAAUUAUUUCAAAAUGUUGUUAUAUACCCGUUCAUGAAAGGUACAUGUCAUAUAUUCUAGGAUAUGAAAGUCGUACCGUCUUCUACCAAUGUAUGGACAAAACAUGAACUUGAAAUGUCAUACAUUAACAUAUAUGUAAUUUUACACAAUACUUUAUCAGAUGUAGUUCACUCUAAGCCAAAGCCAUGUAGCAUUGCCACAUAGUAUGUAAAGUGCAAGAAAAGAAUAGAAAUAUAUUAAAAAAGCCUUUAAAUAGGGUUGUUGCAUAAUUAAAAUAAAACAUGUUCAUAUAGAAAUAAGAUGUAUUUUUUGUUUUUACAAAAUGUGUUAAUUCUUAAUCAUUGUUUCUUUAAUUAUUAUUAUUUUUUGCUUUUUGUUACCAAAGAUUAUCUGUAAAUAUUGACAUUGGUAGCAAAAGGUAUUAUUGAAAUGUUGUUAGGGAUAAUGAACACACUUCUAAAACUUUUUUAAAAUAAAAAAAAACCUUGUUAACAUAAAGUUGUAAUUUAUUUCUAUGCUGUAUAUAGAAAGUAUUUUAUGUGUGAAUCAAACAGAGAAAUGUACUAUAAGAGUGUUAUUUUGUCUCUUGAUCAUAGAUUUCCACAUAAUCUACCUGUAUCAUGAAAAAAAAAUAUGAAAUAAUAAAAUUCUGAUGCAGAAA